GGGCGGGGCCCGGCGCGCAGAGGGAAGAUGGCGGCGGCGAUGGCGCCGGAGCUGCUGGUGCAGCUCGAGCAGGGCCCGUUCGGGGCCGGGAACGCGCUGGGCAGCGAGGAUUGGGACACCGCCCUCCUCGGUUGCCUUGACGACCGGCUUGGCCCCGCCCACCUCUUCCCUUCCCUGGACCCCGACCCCAUGUUCGACUGUGCCUUCGAUGGGGGAGGCGGCUGCAGCCCCCCCGACCCCCCCUGGGACCUGGAGCCCCCCCAGCUGUUCCCCGACCUGGAGGUGAAGUCAGAGCCGGGAUCCCCAACUCCUCCUUCUGCUCCGACUCCUCGGGCCCCUCGUGCUCCUCCGAGACCCCCUUUUGGCUCCCCCAUUCUGGGGGUGAAGGCGGAGCCAGAGCCCCCCACGCUGCCCUGCGCCCUCCAGGACCCCGGCCGGGGGCCCUCCUGCCCUGCCCCCACCCCCAAACCUGAGGCCAAGACCAUCGUGCCGGCCCCGCCCUCAGCGCCCCCGGCACCCCAGGAGAUCGAUGCCCGUGCCCUGCGGCGGCAGCAGCGGAUGAUCAAGAACCGGGAGUCGGCCCGUGCCCUGCGGUGGCAGCAGCGGAUGAUCAAGAACCGGGAGUCGGCCCGUGCCCUGCGGCGGCAGCAGCGGAUGAUCAAGAACCGGGAGUCGGCCCGUGCCCUGCGGCGGCAGCAGCGGAUGAUCAAGAACCGGGAGUCGGCAACCGGGAGUCGGCGUGCCCCCCAUUCCCCAUUACUUACCCCAUUAUUUCCCCCAUCAUUUACCCUAUUAUUUCCCCCAUUAUUUACCCCAUUAUUCCCCCCCCAGGCCCGUGCCCUGCGGCGGCAGCAGCGGAUGAUCAAGAACCGGGAGUCGGCGUGCCAGUCGCGGCGCCGGCGCAAGGAGUACGUGCAGGGGCUGGAGCGGCGCCUGCGCCAGGCCCUGGCCGACAACGAGGGGCUGCGGCGCGAGAACCGCGCCCUGCGCGGCCGCCUCGACGCCCUCCUGGCACGGAGCUCGGAGCUGCGCCCCAGCCCCUCCCCCCGCAAGCUGGCCUGCCUGGCCGCCCUCCUCCUCCUCGCCUUCCACCUCGGACCCCUCAGCCUCUCUGAGCCACCCCCUCGCCGAGCCCCCAGCCCCCCCAGCCCUCCGAGGCCGCCGGCACCUCCUGGGAGUCACGGAUGGAGGAACGCGUCCCUGGCGCUGCCCCCUGGGAGCUGGAGGGGCCCCCGCGCCUCCGACUGCCGCCGCUUCAGCCGCACCGAGUCCCUGCGGCUGGCGGAUGAGCUGAGCGGGUGGGUGCGGCGGCACCAGAUCGACCGAGGGAAGCCCGGGGUGCCCUGGCGGCCCCCAGUUCAGGCCUCACCGUCCUCCCCCUGGAAGGCUCCGGGCUCGUCGCGCUUCGUGCCGGCCAUGCCGCCCCACCCGCACAGGACCCCCCCAGGGCAGCUCCAGCUUUUCCAGCCCCCCGAGCCCCGAAUUCUCGCUGCCAUCGACCGGCGAGACGACACGUUCUACGUGGUGUCCUUCCGGCGGGACCACCUGCUGCUGCCGGCCAUCAGCCACAACAAGACGUCGCGCCCCAAAAUGUCGCUGGUGAUGCCGGCGGCCGCUCUCAACGAGAGCCUGUCGGGGCGGGGGGGCGGCCUGGAGGCCAUGAUGCAGGUGGACUGCGAGGUGAUGGACACGCGGGUCAUCCACGUGCGGCGCCGCCGGAGCCCCUCGGGACGGACCCCCCCCCUAAACCGGACCCCCCCUUUGGGCCGGACCCCCCCGGGCAACCGCAGCGCCCCCCGAGACCCCCAUUUCGGGGGGGGGACGUAGCCACGCCCCCCAUGGACAAGGAACCGCCCCCGCGCUGGAAGAAGCCACGCCCCCUCGGCUGCCCCUCGGUUCAAGCCACGCCCCUUUCGGAGGGCGGAGCUUGCAUAAGCCCGCCUCCGUUUGAGACCACGCCCCCUUGUAAGCACUUAUCACGCCCCCUCCCCGGAAGCCACGCCCCCUCUCCCGCAUUUGGGGUCGGUUCCCCCCAGCUCGGAGCGGGGUCUUUUUUUUUUUUUUUUUUUUAAACCCAA